UUCAAGCACUGAGUGAGAACUGGCUUUUAAGUUUAGUGUUUUUACAGCACUUGUGACCUUUAAAGUUGGUUCCCACUGUCUGUUGAAUCUGACACUGGAACUCCAAGAUCUGAAGUGGAGCGUGCCUCAGAGGAUGACAUGAAACGAAGCGCAGUGCCACCUAGUUUGAAGAAAUUAAGAUAACUUACCUGUGGCAAUACAGCGCCAGCUAUAUCCAAGAGGAAAACUGGAGGAUUCCUGCAGAGGUCAGGAAAAAUAAACAGGCUUUGUACCAAUGACCCCAGAUUUAUCCCAGGCUCUGAAGAAGUGAAGUUAACCUGAGGUCUCCAUGUGUAUCAUCUUCUUCCAGUUUGACCCGCGUUCAGUUUCUGCUUACAGGUUUAUCCUAGCAGCAAACCGGGAUGAAUACUAUUCUAGACCAUCGAAGCCUGCAGAUUUCUGGGAAAACAACAGUGACAUUCUGAGUGGACUGGAUAUGGAAAAAGGCAGAGAAGGAGGAACAUGGUUGGGUAUUAACAAGAAGGGCAAGUUUGCUGCACUGACCAAUUACCUUCAACCAAUAAACAGAUUGAAUGCUUCAGGCAGAGUUCAAGGUCAUCUAGUGGCAACUUUCCUGACGGAAGAAGUGGAUGGUUUGAAUUACUUGAAGAAGGUUUCUUCAGAGGGACACCUGUACAAUGGCUUUAACUUGAUAACUGCAGACUUUAACAAUACCAAAGGAGAUACAAUGUGUUACUAUGGAAGUAAAAGUGGCCAGGAGCCCAAAACACUGGAGCCAGGUAUUUAUGGGCUUUCUAACAGUCUUCUUGAGACUCCAUGGAAAAAACUUGUUCAUGGAAAAAAACUUUUCACCGACACAAUUAAGCAAAGUAAUGAACUUUCUCCAGAGAACUUGGUGCAAGAACUCAUCAAUAUGCUGAAUAAUGAGGAGGUCCAAAUGCCAGCUACUGAUAUAGAAGAGCAGGGUCAGGAUUUCAUUCGACCCAUCCUGAAGGAGGUAUCAGCAUUGUUUGUCCGCACUUCCUCUUAUGGCACCCGGACAAACACUGUCAUCCUAGUUGAUGCAAAAGGUCACGUAAACUUCACAGAGCGUACCAUGCUUGCCCCUGACGUAAACCAAUGGAAAGUCAGCUCCUUCCAGUUUGAACUUGAGAUUUAACAGCUUCCCAUUCAGCACACAGUGAAAAAGAAAGGCACAGAGAACAAAGUUGAAUGGAUUUGAAAGCAUACUUCACAGAGGCUGCAGGUUUCUGGGGCACUGAAAAUGUAAAUGGUUGAUUAAAUCAUGCUGCAGCCUAACAACUGUCUUGCUUUUAAAACGCACUAUCUUUACUACUUUGUGUUUCGGAAGUUGAUGGUCAAUGUAUGUGAAUUGAGUGUAAUGUCUCAGUGCGUGAAUGCUACUGAAUGUAUUUCCAAGUGUGUGUUAAUUUGUGCAAGUGUGUGUUUGUAUGUGUAUGCGGGUGUGAAUAUGUGUGUAUCUAUGGGCUGGAUUUUAUGUUUCCCGGUGGGGUCAGAGAGGCGGAACGGAAACUGAGGGGUCCGCUCGCUUCUGCCCUGCUAUCUCAGCUCAUCCAAUCAAGAGUCAGAUGGCCAAUUAGUGGCCAUCCAGCGGGAAAGAGGCCAAUUAGAGGUGCAAAGUGGGGCUCUGUGCCCAAUUGAGACUGUAGGCUUGCGACAAAGGGGCACUGCUGCGAGCAGGAAGUCAGUCACAGCUAUAAGUUUAAAGGCCCCGGCUCUCCGAAUCAUCUUUACUUUUCUAUUGAAGGUUCAGAAAAGAUAGAAAAUGUGUUUUUAAAAACAUACAGGCACUGCCACCUUCCCCAGCAGGAUCCGCUGCUGCAUUCAGCCAUGGUCCCAGUAACGAGCCUUUUCUGCCAACCUUGUGCUACCACGUUAUAGCUGCCGUAAUACAAUCCCAAACUUUUUCACGCCCAAUGCCCAAAAAAUGCAGCAAGCAACAAAAUAUUGCAGACAAUUGGUUUGUUAACAAGCUUAAUAGCUUGUUAAUUAGUAAUGGUGGGGAGGGCUGCUGAUUUCCACACCCACUUGGCUUCUGUAAUUUGGGAGACUGGCGUGAUGACAUUGUAUUUCCAACCCAACCCCAUCACAGCCUGUUUUACGUUUGUGUAGUUGGGCGGGGGGCUGGAGGAGGUGGGGGCGCAGCCCGCCUGAUUUGCAGACAUAGGGCAGAAUUUUACGGCCUCUUGGUAGCAAGAGCAUGUAAAAUGCAGCAAGCCUUUCAAAAGCCCUUUGACUUCAGCGGGACCCUAAAAUUCCGCCCGUAAAGUCCAGCCCUAUGUGUGUUUGUGUGUACAUGUGCAGGUGUGUGUUUGUGCGUGAAUGACUGUUUCGUUGUUAGUAUGCGUUUUGUGAGAGUGUUUGUGUGAGUUUGUGUUUGCAAAGCUGCUUUCGUUUGUUCCAGUUUGGUUAAUAAUUCUAGCAUUGUUCAACGUAAUUGUAUCCUUAUAAACAAUGCAGUUAACUUCUGCAUUUUUAUUUUGUG